UCUUUAUUAUUGCCACAUUUUUUUUGUCGUUUUCUACCUCCUAUCCUCUUCUUUCUAACCUUUUCCUGUUACUGCCAGCAACACAAAAACGAGGCAUUUGCAUGGAUUCGCAUAUUUUUAUUGCCACUGCUCAACCAGACGGUGGAGAACUGGCAGCUCAGCUCGUGUGUUUAUUCUCUGUAUCCAUUUUAUCGACUCUCUUUGGGGUAAAGACCUUCAACGUCCAAUUUACCUACCUCAGUUAUUCGCGAUGGCUCGUUUUGGCCCUGUAUGUUUGCUCUUGGGCCUUUUGCGUUUCCAGUAUUGUCCUUAUAUCGACCAACAACAACAAUUAUCUAUCGUGCAUGUUGUCUAUCAUGGCAUGCGAUAUUUUCUAUUCUGGAACCAAGCUUGUGAUGUAUUCAUGGCUGACUGAGAAAGUCUGGGUUGUGUCUUCUGUUCGCCAAUCGCGCUGGAGAACCAAAUCUUAUCGAUUCCAUGUCAUCCUAAUGACACCUUAUAUUGCCAUUUUUACUCUGAUGCUUAUCUUCCAUAUUGCCGAAAUUACCGAAACCGGAAUCUGCAUCAUUGGUCUACAGCCGGUUGCCAGUAUACCAUUGCUAGUAUACGAUUUCGUGUUUAAUUUGUACAUGACCAUCCUCUUCAUCAAACCCCUCGUAAGGAUUGGCAAAGGCGCGGCUAUUGAUUGGAGAAAUUCUCGAUUGCACGACGUGGCCCAAAGAACGCUGGUCGCUUCAGUGGUGUGCCUUGUCGUUUCUUUUGCAAAUGUGUUUACCUUGAUCCUCUUCGGAGGCCGAGAACGGGGACUACUGUGUUUGACAUGCUGUGCUGUUGAUGUUGUCAUUAAUGUAGCGACCAUUCACUGGGUCACCACCAAUCCUGCAGGCAAGACGGCCAAGGACAGCCAGACCGUCGAUGAUUCCAACCACUAUACGGCCCAAGCUGCAAUCACUACCACGCACUCCACCGCAGCACCGACCAAGCUACCGCCACGAUUACGACAGGAUUCCACAGAGUAUAACUUUACCGGCGACAUGGAUCGGACCUUUGCAUUAGACUACGCCUAUCCCCAAUCCUAUGAUCCCGUCUCCAAAUACGUCACUCGAAAAGAACAGCUGCGAUUCGCAUCAAAAGAAUCCGAUGCCAUAAACGAGAAAGUGCAAGACACCGAUGAUAUGGCUGAAGAAAAUCGAUCUUCCUUUUCCCGGUCAGGUUCUCAUAAUAGUCGAUUUUCCUUGACGAAAACAAUUAUCCCAAGCUUCUAGACAUAUCGUUUUACUAUUUUUUCCCCCUAUACUUCUUGUAAUGACUAACGCUAUCCACCAUGGUUCCUUCCUUUUGUCCCUUAUUUCCUUCUUCCGCUGACUCUUAUCUGUAACAUAUGAUUAAAUA